AUGCGAGCGAUUCUUAUAAAAGAUGGUAGUGGUCCAGCGGAGAAUCUUUACUUGGGUGAAGAAGUCACUCCUUCGCCUGGGAAAGGGGAAGUACAGGUGAAAACAUUCGGUCUGAAUCGCAUGGAUAUCUUACAAAGAGAAGGGAAAUAUCCUUUACCUCCUAAAGCUAGUAAGACCAUCCUAGGCGUAGAGUUCGCAGGUGUUAUUUCGGAAGUUGGGGAAGGAUGUGGGAGGAAAGUUGGAGAAGAAGUAUUUGGUUUAGCAUAUGGUGGCGCUUAUGCGGAAUAUAUCGUUUGUCCAGAAGUCAUGUUAAUCACCAAACCAAAAGAAUUAUCUUGGGUGGAAGCUGCCGCUUUACCCGAAUGUUGGAUGACAGCCUUCCAAGCGCUCUUCGUGGAAGGAUCUUUCAAGAAAGGACAGACAGCUCUGAUCCACGCUGGCGCUUCAGGCGUAGGAGUAGCCGCUAUACAGCUUGCCAUCCAUGUCGGCGGCGCAGAAAAGGUUUUCUCCACAUGUGGGACGGACGAAAAAGUUGAUUUCUUACAUAGGUUGCACCCGGACAAAGUGGUGGCUAUCAACUAUCGCAAGCAGAACUUCGAAGAAGAAAUCAAGAAACAUACCGACGGAGUAGACCACAUUAUUGAUUUCGUCGGUCGUAAUUACUUUACUUCCAACAUUUCUCUCCUCCGUCGAGACGGUACCCUCAUCUUUCUCGCUCUCCUCUCCGGACCCACUUUGGCAGAAGGUACCAACAUCUCUCCUAUACUGUACAAACGUCUCACCCUUCGGGGGACCACUUUGAGAAGUAGGGAUGAGAAUUAUCAGGGGAAUUUAUUGGGUAGGUUUAGGGAUGAAGCUUUACCUUUGAUUGUCAAAGGUGAAAUGAAGGUGGAAGUUCAUGAGGUGUUCGAUUGGAAGGAUGUGAGGAAAGCUCAUGAAGAGAUGGAAGCGAAUAAGAAUAGUGGCAAAAUUGUAUUUGAGAUCACUAAAUAA